AUGAAGUGGACCACGCUUGCGACCGCUUUUGCUGCCGUGCCUUUGGCAUCGGCUGCUGGGUUUACCAAGGAGCAGUAUCGCUCUGGUGAAGUCAUGGCGAAGAUGAUGGAGUCAAAAGAGUCUGCUUGGGCUAAGCAGCGCGCUGCUGGUGCCUACGACGGCAAGAAGUGGAAGGACUUCCACAAGAAGCGUGUCAACAAGGACCGCAUCGAGUGCAAGCACGGCCGCGUGGAGGCAGUCAAGGGCGAUGCCGAUCAGACCUACAAGUGCAAGGACAUCGACCUGUACGACUUCAAGACGCACGAGGAACUUGGCAACCCCGGCCCCGCUGAGGGGUCUGGUUCAUGGGGAUGGACAUACCGUGGCCGUGAGUUCAUUGCCAUUGGACAGACCAACGGUACUGCAUUCGCAGAGGUCACCUCCAGGGGUCAGCUUGAGUACCUUGGCCGCCUCCCGGCUCAGGCCUCGCCUGUCAUCUGGCACGAGAUGAAGACCAUGCAGGAGUACCUCUUCGUCGGUUCCGAGGGUGAGGGUCACGGAGUACAGAUCUUCGACUUGAAGAAGCUCCUGAAACUCAACCCGAAGUGGCCCAAGACCUUCGACCCGGCGACCGACCUUACGGCGUGGUUCAACGACCUCACUGAGGGCGCCGGUAUCAAGGGCCGUUCCCACAACGUCGUCACAAACGAGGAGAAGAAGUACGCUGUGGCUGUCGGCAGCGGAGGACGUGCUGGACGCAACGACACCUGCGCAGGCGGCCUCAUUUUCAUCAACGUAGAUGACAUCACCAAGCCUUACAAGGAGGGUUGCGCGCCCCAGGACGGCUACGUCCACGACGCUCAAUGCAUCGUCUACCGUGGACCCCACAAGAAAUACUACGGCCGCGACAUCUGUUACGGUUACAACGAAGAUACGCUUUCCAUUUACGACGUCACCAACAAGAAGGGCUUCAACGCUUCGACUCUCAUCUCGCGCACUCCCUACAAGGGCGCAUCCUACACCCACCAGGGCUGGGUGCUCGACCCUAUGUGGCAGACCCACCUUGUAAUGGACGACGAGCUGGACGAGGGCGAAAUUGACGGAGGCAUUGACACCGACCCGGAUUCCGUCGCUAAGGAUGGCUACCCUGCGACCUAUAUCUGGGAUAUUACCAACCUCGAGGCACCCAAGAACACCGGCUACUACAAGUCGUCCACCCGCGCAGUCGAUCACAACCAGUUCGUGCACGACGGCCUUGCGUACCAAUCCAACUACCAGGCUGGUCUGCGCAUUCUCGAUGUCAGCUCCAUUCCGCGCCACCCGGAUGGCAGCCGUGUUAAGGAGAUUGCGUACUUUGACGUCUUCCCCGGUGAUGAUGCCGUUCCUGGUGGUGGCCAGGCGCUGUGGGACGCCGGCACAUGGAGCCACUACACAUUCCCCAGCGGCUACACAGUCAUCAACACCAUUGACCGCGGUGCGUUUGUUGUCAAGCCCAAGUUCGGCCGCGGCAAGGGUAAGUACUUUGGCCAGUACUAG